CCCUCAGGAAAUUUGCAGGUGACACUAAACUGGGAAGAGUGGUAGAUACGCUGGAGUGUAAGGAUAGGAUACAGAGAGACCUAGACAAAUUAGAGGAUUGGGCAAAAGAAAUCCAAUGAGGUUCAACAAGGACAAGUGCAGAAGAAUCCCAUUCACUGUUACAGACUGGGGACCAAAUGGCUGGGAAGCAGUUCUGCAGAAAAGGACCCAGGAGUUACAGUGGACCAGAAGCUGGAUAUGAGUCAACAAUGUGCCCUUGUUGCCAAGAAGGCUAAUGGCAUUUUGGGCUGUACAAGUAGGGGUGUUGGCGGCAGAUCGAGGCACGUGAUCAUUCACCUCUAUUUGACAUUGGUGAGGUCUCAUCUGGAGUACUGUGUCCAGUUUUGGGCCCCACACUACAAGAAGGAUGUGGAAAAAUUGGAAAGAGUUCAGCAGAGGAUGGCCAAAUCUGAACCUCGGGAAAGAAACUAUGACAACAUGGUAAAAAUGCUGGAGGACUUGAACAGAGAUUUAGAAAAACUUCUGGAAGAAAUGGAGAAACUAUCAGUGCAGGCAACGUGGAUGGCAUAUGAUAUGGUGGUAAUGCGAACCAACCCAGACUUGGCCAACUCCAUGAGGCGAUUGGAAGAUGCAUUCCUGAACUGCAAAGAAGAGAUGGAAAAGAACUGGCAAGAGAUGCUGAAGGAAACUAAAGGCACUGAACAAAAACAGGAAUAAACAGUCCUUAUAUCUGUCGGUGAAAUUGCAACAGGAGAUCAUUUCAGACUCAUUUUUUUCAGUGAUAAAAUAUCUACAGAUGCCUUACAAAUGGAUUAUCUUCUAGUUUAUUGGGCAUUAUUGUUGUGACUACAUAUACACAAAUGUGUUCUGCCAAAUACAUGUAUUGUUGAAACAAAAGUUA